AUGAGGAUCUGGCAUAUAAUACUACUGUUUUGGCUUCUACAAUUCCCCGCUUUCUUGUGCCACAACAGCUCGCCACCAGCAUCCACGGCACAGAUUCAUGAUGGAGAUUUUAAGGAAAGUCUAGCCCGAGUGCGAUACUCGGUCAUUUACUUUUAUUCGGACUCUUGUGGCUACUGUCACCGGUUUGAACCAAUUUAUGAAAAUUUAAAAUUGUUGUUUAAUGGAAGUGGUGGUGGCGGCGGUGGAGGCAGAGGCGAAGAGGAAGAAGAAGGUACUGGAGGUAAUGCCAACUUGCAGUUUGUAUCGACGAAUGCAAAGGAGAAUAAGAAAUUGAGCAAAUUGUUGAGUAUCAAACAUUACCCGACUAUCAAACUUCUAGACUCGUCGAGUAACAGAAUAUGGACAUUUGAAGACAAGAGAGAGAUUGAGCAACUAUCCAAAUUCAUCACCCGGCACACCCAAAUCGAGCCCAAUUACUCCAACAUUGCCUCGCGAAUUCAGCCAUUCGCCAAUGUGAGCUCGAUUUUGACCAGUAGCAGAGAUAGUUUGAUCAUCUUUACCAUGUCGUACUUUCACGACUGGAAAGAUUCUCACUAUCCAUCACAUUUCAUCCAACGUGUUGCAUCGCAGUUUGCACCAAUAGACUUCUACGUGUUGAACGUGGAUGAAAUGACCGAUUUCAGCGUGCCUUCGCAAUUUGGAGCUGGCAAGUUCCCGAGUGCCGUAUACGUUCGAGGAAACUCGUUCAGGCGGCUCAAUACCGACUCGCGGGAUAGAAACUUUGGCGAUUUGAACGAAAUACGAAUCAGGAAAUUCAUUGAAGCAGUAGACUCUGCUGGUUCUUCCUGGGUCAGCUUUGAUGAGAAUUCGCGGGGGAUCACUACGGGGAAAAAGGAUGGUGAAAACACUAAUGACGACGACGAUUUUGAACUAGAGCAUAUAGAAUUGUAA